UUCCUAGCAAAUUUAGGAUGCAGUGUUGUGUAUUGAGUCAGGCACCAAGUCAUCAAGCCCGAAAAUAGAAGAGCGAGAAUAGACUUCUGGAGACACUUAUAACAAGGGCAGUGGCUUCUCUGUAUAUCGGAUCUUUGGCUUACAAGUACUUGUAGAGGAGCACAAUGUAUGACCCAUCAUCAGGCUACCAUGGAGCAGACCCAACAAUAUUGGAAAGGGAGGGUGCCAAUCUUGCUAACAUAGCUGUGCAGCAUGACAGAUCAAUGAAUUUUGCUGAUGCUGCUUUCUAUUAUUCCGAAGCUGCUCAGACCUUGUUAGCUGCUGCUCAGGCUGGUUCUCAGUUGAAUGGCAUUGUGGACAGGGCAACCCAGUACAUGUUGAGAGCGGAUGAUCUCAAGCAAGCCUUGCAGUCUACAAAGUCUGGCCCCACUCAACCUCAGAAAACCAACUUACAACUUGAUUUGGAAAGAGCUCGUUUCAUUCUGAGUGAAGCUUUAGAUGAAGAUGAACAGAAAAAUCUGGACGAGGCAAUCAACCUGUAUUCUGAAGCCAUAGAUCUUUGUCUACAAAUUCGGGACAAUAAUCCUGAUCCUAAAUUGAAAGAUAAUGUUGUCAAAAUGGCCACUCAAGCGCUGGACCGUGCUGAAGCCUUGAAAAAGAAAAAAGCAAAUACUCUUCCUUCACCAACAUCAUCAACGUCGUCUUCUGUUAGAACUGCAGAUGGCAAAAUUGUGCCCCCUUUAGGGUUUGGGGCAUUCCUGGAAGAUGACAACAAUGGCAAAAGCAGCGUGAGCUCUCGGCUUCCCUCCCCUAGCAUGGGGGCUCCGACUGUUGGGGACACCCGGACGUUCACACCAUCAGGAAAGAGGGGAUUGAUCAAUGUGGGACCCAGCUCUUACUCAAAGGAUGAAAUUGCUGUUCUCAGGAGCACUUCCAAAAUCAACAGUAGAGAAUAUGUGCCUUUCCUGGCCGUGGACAGAAGGGAGAAAUUUGCCUUUCCAGUUCAAUUUGAUGACAAGGAUGGGAAACUCAUCUUGUCCCCCAAGCAGAAGCAGCAGUUUGGGAAGUGGGUCCGCCCGGAGGCGUUCUGUGAUGACCCCAAGGUUAUCAUUGCUGUGUCCAGUUUCAGUAUUCGGCAGACAAUAGUUUCAGACUGCAGCUUUGUUGCCUCUCUUGCCAUCAGUGCUCAGUAUGAGAAACGGUUCAGGAAAAAGCUAAUCACAAACAUCAUUUUCCCACAAAAUCGUAAUGGUGAGCCUGUGUUGAAUCCUUGUGGGAAGUACAUGGUUAAGCUGAACUUGAAUGGGGUCUGGAGAAAGGUUGUUAUAGAUGACUACCUCCCAAUGUCCAAGUAUGGAGACUUGCUCUGCUCUUUCUCAAACAACAAGAAUGAGUUAUGGGUCUCUCUGCUGGAGAAGGCAUACAUGAAAGUCAUGGGAGGUUACGACUUUCCAGGCUCCAACUCGAACAUAGACUUGCAUGCCUUGACAGAAUGGAUUCCCGAGAGGGUGGCCAUAAGAGCCGGCUCAGCUGAGUUCAAUAAAGACCGAGAGUUCAAGCGCCUGUUGGACAGGUUUCAUAAAGGUCACUGUCUGGUCACAGUAGCCACUGGUGAACUGUCGGAUGUGGAGGCUGACCGCGCUGGGCUGGUGCCCACUCAUGCAUACGCCAUGCUGGAUGUCAAGGAGUAUAAGGGCCGCCGCUUGUUUAUGCUUAAGAAUCCAUGGAAUCACUUGAGGUGGAAAGGCAACUUUUCUGAAAAAGAUUUGGCCAACUGGACUCCAGAACUGCAGAAAGCACUGAACUAUGAUCCAAAGAGUGCCCAAAUGUUUGAUAAUGGUGUAUUUUGGAUAGACUAUGACUCGCUGUGCAAAUUCUUUGAUGUUUUCUACAUCAACUGGGAUCCUGAAUUGUUUUCUUACACUACCUGUAUUCAACACACCUGGUCUGCCAAGGAAGGCCCCAAGAAAGACUCUUACAACAUCAGUGAUAACCCACAGUACAAGCUGGAAAUAAAGGGGAACCAACCAGGAGCUGUGUGGAUUUUGCUGACUCGGCAUAUAGUUGACAAGGCUGAUUUUGCUGACAACAAAGAGUUCAUCACAGUUCUUGUAUAUAAGAAUGGAGGAAAGAAGGUGUUCUAUCCAUAUGACCCUCCGCCUUACAAAGAUGGUGUGCGCAUCAACAGUCCUCACUACCUGUGCAAACUAGUUGAGAACAACAGCCAUGAACCUUACACUCUUGUUAUCUCACAGUAUGAAAAGAACAACACAACACAUUACACACUUCGUGUGUACAGCACAUUGGAGUUUUCAUUAACAAGGUUUUUGAAUCCUUACAAAAAACAGUAUGAUAAGAAGAUCACAGGUCAGUGGAAGGGCAAAAGUGCAGGUGGAUGCGCCAACAACCGUGAUAGCUACAGCAACAACCCUCUGUACCAGGUGCACAUCGACAACCAGAGCACGGACAAUCACCUCAUGAUUGAACUGCUGGGGCCAAAGCAAUACAGUGUUGGCUUUGAGGUGACCUGCGUCAGUGCUAACGUCUCGAAUGCCCCUGGUGCCUUCAGCAAACAAAGUUCUGGAGAUUUCCGACCUGGCUACUGUGUUCUUCAGCUCUCAAACGUCUCUGGAGGAGUGUACAACAUACGUCCCUGCACCUUCCGGGUGGGCAAGGAGGGCCCGUUCUUCUUGGAAUUCAGCUGCUCCACGUCGUAUGCCGUUUCUCAAUUACAGUAGCACACAGGGACUGAGUUCAAGAGAUAAGCCUAAGUCAUAGACAUGUAUUAUAAAUUCAUAGACCUCACACUCUGACAUGAUUCCAGGUCGCUAUGGAGUGCAACCAUUCGCUACUCUAGAAAUGCAAAGUUCUAUCUGCUCAGUUCCUAGUUUUGAAAAAUUUGAUGUUAAAAAUUUUGGGUUCACAUCAAGUCAAGCUUUUUCAAAUGCAAUACUUUGAGUAUCUUGAUAACGACUCCGAAUAAUCGUUCUAUUUUGGUAGAGUAGAUGGAAGAUUUGGUUUCUUACCUCAUGGUCUUAGUGAUUGAAAACGGCCAAAAAUGUCAAAUAGAACUGUGUAAUUCUGUGGUAGUGAAUUCUCUCAAUUUGGAGUCAGAUGAAGGGCAAGGUUGGGAAGGUGUCAUAGACACUGGACUAUUAUACCAAGACUGGUGCUUUGCUCUUCAUUUGGGCCCCAUGGUGUGCACACUUGUUAGAGACACUUUUAUAGAGAGCAAAGAGUGGCGGUCAUGACAAUGCAGGGACUAGGAUAUUAUACAUCAAGUCUAUGGUCCAGAUCUGCCACUUGUGUCUGGCUGUACCCGGUGUCUUGCUAUCCCAGUGAGCUGAAAAGCCCCACACAAGGGGAGUGAGUACACAUAAUAGGUUUUGUCAUAAACAACAUUGAUCAUCAUUGCUUGAGUAGCCUCAAUACCCACUUUCUGCAGUCAUUAACUCCUUAUCUCCUGGGGGGGGGGGGGCACUAUGUUUGGUCCCUCUUUUGGAACAAAAUCUAAAAGUGACAAUAUAUGUCUCUAAACUGGUCAUUUGAUCAAAACAAGUAAACCUAUUUUGAUAGUUUUUCGUCUAAAGAUUGAACUCCCGGUAAAAGAAAACUAUUUUCGGCAAUUGCCGAAAAGUAAUUUAACGUUGAAGUCAUGGUAAAGGAAUAUGCCGGAGCCGCUGCCAGAGGCUUACUGGCACUACAGUUCCAGCUGUGAGCCACUGGGAGCAGCUUGCCUGAGAUUAGGGGUUAAUAAAAGUUCCAGUCACAUGUAUCCUACAGUAAAUGGGAGAUUCUCAACACAAAAAAGUUGACUACACAAGAAGUACAAAGUAAUGUUUAUGAACAAGCCUAGAGCGUCUUCUUUCCCUGCUCUGAAAUUGUCUGGUCUUCCCUGUGCUUCAUUACUUGUUGUUGUUGUUGGUUGUGACCCAAAUUAUGAAGUAGUCUUUUCUUUCCUACAAGACAUCUAUCGUCCUUAUCGCUCCUCCUUCUAUACUUAGUAUGUUACCCUCUAGUAGACUAGUAUUGCCCCUAACGUUCAGCACUUGUAUGACCUAUUUGUGUGAGUUGCAUGUGCUGCAAAACCUUUACUUAGACCUGCAUGUUUGCCGACAAUCGUCUGAAAUCCGACAAUCGCGACCUGACCCGCAAACCGGCCGAUGCUAUCGCUAGGCCCGCCUGUAUCAGUCAAUGUGUGUAGUGCGAGGCUUGGUCGACUGCCAGCGACCCCUUUUUCUCCCGUCGGCUUCGUCGGCACUUUCGUUUUCGUGCCGACCGCCGAGGCGCGCACCGCCUACUGCUGACGUCGGCGUUUCUGACAUAAUUGUCGGAACCUGAGUAGAAAUGCGAAUACGAAAAAGGAUGACAACUUAAAUUAUCUACUU